AUGCCUAACCGGGUGGGCGCCGACUCCGGGGGCGGCGGUGGGGUGGGGGAUCCCGUGGAGGCCAGCGGCGGCGUGCACGAGAGAGCCCCGCGGCCGGGAAAGAGCGCGCGGUUCGCGGACCCCGUGUCCGCGCCGCGCGGGGGCGGGGGCGGCAACGACGACGUGGAGAUCACGCUCGACGUGCGGGAGGACUCGGUGGUGGUGCGAAGCGUGAAGCCGGUGGCAGCGGGCGGCGGCGAGGACUCGGGGGUGACGCCGGAGAAUCGUUCGUCCUCCUCGUACGGCCAUGGCGUGCUCCGGAUCGCCUCGACGCGGGACAAGCAAGUGUCUCGGGAGCUCCGGCCGGUCGCGUCCUUCCGCCGCCGGGGAGGCGGCCCUAGCCGCAUCGACAGGUUCAAGCCCGUCGCCACGCACGCGCUCGAGGGCCUCAAGUUCAUCAGCGGGACUGACGGCGCCGCCGGGUGGACGGCCGCCGAGAGCUUCUUCGACAAAAAAGCCAAGAAUGGACGCCUCCCCCGCUCCAAGUUCGGCGGGUGCAUCGGUAUGAAAGAGGCCGCGUUCGCCGGCGAGUUGUUCGACGCGCUGGCAAGGCGGCGGAACAUCGCCGGAGACAGCAUCAACAAGGCGGAGCUGCGCGAGUUCUGGGAUCAAAUUUCAGACACCAGCUUCGACAGCCGCCUGCAGACCUUCCUCGACAUGGUGGACAAGGACGCCGACGGGAAGAUCAGCGAGCAGGAAGUCAAACAGAUCAUCACGCUGAGCGUGUCAGCAAACAAGCUAACGAUGGCCCCGCACCAAUGCGAGGAGUAUGCCCGGCUCAUCAUGGAGGCAUUGGACCCCCAUGGCCUCCGCUACAUCGAGUUAUACAACCUAAAGAUGUUGCUGCUAGAGGCACCAGGCGAGUCGACAACCAACAAUCGUAAGCUCAACAAGCUGUUGAGCGAGCGUCUCCGGCCGACGGUGGAUCCCAGCCUCGUCUGGCGGUUGUAUCGGCAUGCCAAGUGCUUUCUGGAGGACAACUGGCGGCGUUGUUGGGUGAUGCUUUUGUGGCUCUCCAUUUGUGUGGGUCUCUUUGCUUGGAAAUUCGUUCAGUACCGUCAUCACGAUGUGUUCGGAGUGAUGGGCUACUGUGUGUGUGUGGCUAAGGGCGGCGCUGAGACGCUCAAGUUCAACAUGGCGCUCACCCUCCUUCCCGUGUGUCGCAACACCAUCACGUGGCUUCGGAGCCACACUGGCGCGGGACGGUAUGUGCCCUUCAACGACAACCUUAGCUUCCACAAGGCGAUCGCCGUGGGAAUCACCGUUGGCGUCGGACUACAUGCCAUCUCUCACCUGGCGUGCGACUUCCCGCGGCUGCUGCACGUCAUGGAUGAUGAAUACGGGCCCAUGAAGCCGUUCUUUGGGGACAACAAGCCACCCAACUACUGGUGGUUCGUGAGGGGCACAGAGGGGUGGACGGGGCUUGUGAUGCUUGUGCUCAUGGUCGUCGCUUUCACGUUCGCCACCGGACCGCUCCGCAAGGGCAAGCUCCAGCUUCCCAAGGUCAAGCGGCUCGAGAGCCUCGACAGCCACCCGAAGCCCAUAGAGCUCGACCGCCUUGCCAUGCUCAUCAACACUUCCCGCAGCCGCCUCACUUGGUUGGUCAACACCUCGCUCAAAUGCUUCACUGGGUACAACGCCUUCUGGUACACACACCACCUCUUCCUCAUCGUCUACGCGUUCCUCAUCGUCCACGGACACUUUCUCUACCUCACCAAGAAGUGGCAAAAGAAAUCGACGUGGAUGUACCUGGCGGUGCCGAUGGUGGUGUACGCGAGCGAGCGGCUGACCCGGGCGCUGCGGUCGAGCGUGCGAUCGGUGAAGAAGAUGAAGGUGGCCGUGCACCCGCACCCCGCCACCCUGCUGUCGCUGCACUUGUCCAAGCCGCAGGGGUUCCGGUACAAGAGCGGGCAGUACAUCUUCGUCAAGUGCCCCGACGUCUCGCCAUCCCAGUGGCACCCGUUCUCCAUCACGUCGGCGCCGGAGGACGACCACGUCAGCGUCCACAUCAAGGCGGCCGGCGACUGGACCAACCAGCUCAGGAACGCCUUCUUGAAGGUUUGCUCGACGCCGACCGAGGGGAAGACCGAGAUUCUUCGGGCAGAGUACAGCCGCGACGACGUCAAUUCCAACCCAAGCUUCCCGAAGGUGCUGAUCGACGGGCCGUACGGCGCGCCGGCGCAGGACUACAAGGAGUACGACAUCGUGCUGCUGGUGGGGCUCGGCAUCGGUGCGACGCCCAUGAUCUCGAUCAUCAAGGACAUCAUCAACAACGCGAAGCGGCUCGGCGGGGUCGACGUCGAGUCCGGCAACGGCAACGGCAACGGCAACGGCAACGCGAGCACGUUCCGGACCCGUCGAGCCUACUUCUACUGGGUCACCCGAGAGCAGGGCUCCUUGGAGUGGUUCCGUGGAGUCAUGGACGAGGUGGCGGAGGCGGACGAGAAGCGCAUCAUCGAGCUCCACAACCACUGCACCAGCGUCUACGGGAAGGGGGACGCCCGGUCGGCGCUCAUCGCUAUGCUCCAGUCCCUCUACUACGCCAAGAACGGCGUCGACGUCGUCUCCGGCAGUAGCCGCGUCAUGACCCACUUCGGCCGGCCGGACUGGGACCAAGUCUACCGACGCAUCGCCGACGAGAACGAGGGGAAACGCGUCGGAGUCUUCUAUUGCGGUGAGCCUGUACUGACGAAUAAACUGCGAAGGCUGGCGAAGGAUUUCUCAAGAAACACAACCACAAAAUUCAAAUUCCACAGUGAAAAUUUCUAGUGUUGUUACCCAUCUAGCCAGAAUAAAUUUCUCCUUUUUGCAAAACAGUGUUAACUCCGAGUAUUUCUGUUUCGAUUCACCCCCCCUCCCCCCCUAUAAAUACAUCGACGACCGGUACAUCACACCCUUUCGUAAUAAAGGGCAGAAUGAUCUUUUUCAAAAGUAUGUCACCCACGUCGAUACGCGGGACCUUGAGACCUUGCACUUAAGGUGUGC